AUGAAUUUUGCUACGAUUGCAAGCCGGUAAUGUAAAGAACGUGCUGACAACAUGGAAAACGAUAUACUCGAUUCACUGGAGGAUUUAAGAUAUGAUGGCCCACUGUUAGAGGAGCAGGCAUUCAAUGAAGCUGUAGAUGUAGGACCCGCCUCUGUGGAGUACACAAAGCUGGUCGCCUGGCUGACGGGUCAACUCCGUGAUUUCUGUGGCCUAGAGGAGUGUGCUAAUGCUAUAAACAAUCCUGAUGAAGCCUCCAAUUUUAUCAUGGAACUUGGAAGUUGUCUCAGAGAACUGAAUUGUCCACAUAAGGAACUCUUUGAAGGAACACAAGUUCUGGACAGACUGAACAACAGGAAAAGUUGCCUACAGCUGCUGGACUACCUCACAACAGAGCUGGCCUCAGUAAGGAUGAUAGCCUCUAAAAACCCGAGUCAGCUGAAGGCCACCCCUACCUCCAACAACUCUACAUCCAAGGCUGUAGAAAUGGUAGAGAGUGAUGUGGCCAAGUACCUUCGUCUCCUGUUAAUAGCACUUGAGAUCUCCAAACCUCCUGCCAACAUCAAUUCAUUUCAAUUAUUCAGCAAAGUGGAAGCAAAGGUUAAAGACCUAGUGUGCAAGUAUCCUGAUCAAGCGGGAACAUCCUUACUGAAAGCUCGCCUCUCCGAUAAACAAUGGAGUCAGGUGAUGAAUAUAAACGAGGCCCUGUGUCGCGAGUACCAGACAAGACGUGAAAUGUUGCUGAAGCGUCUAGAUGUUACAGUCCAGUCUUUUAUGUGGUCGGACAAGGCUAAGCAAAAAGAAAAUGAUAUUGCAGCAUUAUAUCAACCAGUCCGAAAAAGUCUUCAGGCAAAACCUACCAUAAGUGUAGCACACAUUCUGUCAGCCAGGGACGACCUGACACGACUAGAGAAGACCAGUAGUGGUGAUGCCAGAGAAAAAACCAAGUGUGCCAUAAAUAGAGUUCUAAUACCAAAGGUGCCAGAUAGAGGAGGUCGUGCCUGGGAACUAGAGCCACCUCCACCAGAAAUGCCAUCCUUCAUGAAGAGAGAAGCAGGACCACAGCGACCACAAAGUGGGUACGGAGGAGGCCGUGGUGGAGGAGGUGGUCGCGAAGGAGGAGGUGGCCGUGGAGGCGGAGGAGGAGGAGGAGGUGGAAGGGGAGGAAAAGUGCAAGGAGGUUGGGGUGAUGCAAACCCAAACCAGCAAGGUGGCAACUGGGGUCAAGGCGGAGGUGGAUACAACCAGGGGAGAGGUGGAUACCAAGGAGGAGGUGGUGGGGGUAGCUAUGGAAACCAAGGAGGUGGUUAUGGUGGCCAAGGAGGUGGAUACAGUAACCAAGGAGGUGGAAAUGGUAACCAGGGAGGUGGUUACGGUGGUCAAGGAGGUGGAUAUGGUAACCAGGGAGGUGGGGGUGGUUAUCAUCAAGGUGGACAAAGUGACAAUUAUCAAGGAGGUGGAGGUGGAGGGCGAGGAGGUAGAGGAAGAAAGGGAAGUGGGCGAGGUGGCAGGGGGCGUGGUGGAGGAUAUUGAUUGUUUACAAUAUUCCACAAUGAAUGUCACAACGUUUCUGAUUGGUCAUGUGUAAGGAGAGUUGUUUGAAUGGGUUUGUUUGAGAGAUUGAAUGCUUUUAAGGCACAAUUGAUGCAGUUGUUGAAGUUCUGGUGUGUAUACAGUGACGAUAGUGUUCACCUACAUCAGUAUGGUUAUCGGAAGAUAGUGUACACCUACAUCAGUAUUGUUAUCGAAAGAUAAUCAAAUGAUCGCUAGAGUAAUGUUUAUGUAUGGUGACAUCUGUUGAAUUCCAUUAAAACCUAGUCUUGUUAGAAAAUAUUGCUAUAGCUUACAGAAUUGUUAGUCUCCUUAAGUAUGAAUAGCUUGCUAUUUGCUGGCUUUACUGAUAUUUACAGAUACAUGAAAGGUUAUGGGCUGCAGGCUUUCAGUAUGACACAACUGUUCAACCUCAUUAUCACCCAAAACAUUUACAUCAAUACCAUUAUGUUUUGAGAUACCAGAACGCUUGAUUAUGAUAAAAGCUGUUUGGAUGAUUUAUGGUUUAAACAUACAUUGUAAUAACGAAAAAAAAAAAAUUUCCGAAGAAUUAUUGAUUAAAUUAGCAGUUAAGUAUCUAGUUCUUUAAACUAUGAGCCAUUGAUCAUGACAGUCCAAACUUUUCGGACCAGAGUUAUUUAUUUAUGACAAAGUCAGAUCUAGUGAUUUUAAACUCUGUAUCAACAUUUGUAUGUCUGUAAGGAUUACUUGUGUAUUAGUCUGGUUUUAAGCCAGUACCAUUUUUAGAUGAAGAAGAGGGCAGGAAACUGUGUUUUGUGAUUCCUGUCUACCACAGUUUAUCAGGUAAAGCCUGGUAUAGAUUACAAUUUAUAAAUAUGAUACCUCACUACAGACUUAAUAACUUGGUAGGAUACGACACUGUGUCUGAUAAAGGAAUUGGUCACAAUUUAUUUCCUAUCAGUUGGCUAAUAUACUUGUUAAGUAUGUCUAUUUUGCGGUCAGUCCAUAGUAAGAUAAUUUGUGAUGUUACCAGUGUCAAUCAACAUUUGUUUGUUCCCAGAUAUUUAUUAUGGUCUGGUUUAUUUGUUCAUGUACAUAUAAAGGUAUGUAUUGUUAUGACUUUUCACUACCCAUUUAUGGGAGAUCUUGAAUACCUCAAACCUUGUUGUGGUUGGUUCCCCAGACUCCAGUUCAAAGUUACUUGGAGUAUAAUUCAGUACCAAUAGUAUGUAAUAGAAGGAUACAGUUGAUGGCACAAGCGACUGGAAUUCGCAACAUCAACAUACUUUCCUUGUUUUGAUUAUUUAAACAAUGUAUUACUACGGGCGAGUUUGAUAAGAAAAUAUACCGUUGUGACUAUGGUCUAACUAAAGAAGGAGCACGCUCUCUUUGGUUACAUACAAUACACAUGUGUAGAGAAACAGAAAAUCACGUUGCACAUGUUUAGCCGUAGUUGUAUUCACAUUAGAUGAAACAUACUCACUACAGUCUAUGGUUGUGUUUAUAUUACACAAAUAAGCUGUUUUCCAUACCAAUUAUCUGAAGUUGUUAAUACCUUAUACUAGUUCUUUCUGUUUAAAUAUACAGCAAACUUGUAUUUUGUAUCUACAUGUAAAUUAUGCUUUUACACUUAAGUUUUUACAUAUGAGCAGUUUUGCAUAUUGACUCAGUAUUUUUGCUUUGUUGAUAUUUUUUGCAUUGUCAGUACUAAUACAAUAUGUUUUAUAGUAUGUCACAUGAUGGUGCAAUAGUUGGAAGUAUUCGGAACUACUCCUUACUAUCAGAUAUUAAAUGGUAUGAAUUAGAUACAGGUAUUUUGGUUCACAAGAAUCAAGACUGAAGUUUUCUGACGUGCCGAGACAUAAUCGAUUAAUCAGGCUUUCAACCAAAUCAGUUUUAGCCAAAAUAAAGUGCUAUUUUGUCCUUCCAGUUACUCGUUGAGAUUUUAAAGGUAAAAAUGUUAUAUGUUUUCCUGUGGUUAGUGAAUGAAUAUUAAUGAUGAUUUUAACCUCUCUGCUCACGGAAACACGAGGUAUGUUAAUGGCAUUGUAAAUGUACUGUUGACAGAUACAGGGGUUGUCUGCCCCUGGGUCCUGUUCUGGACUCCAGUUGGUAACUUAAUCUCUCUGUCACUGAUGUCAGUACCGCUGUCUGUACUAGCCCUGUGUUUCAUUGUCGCCUCUACAGACAGUAUUCUAUACAAAUGUAGUUAUUAAUUUAUGCAAACCUAAGAAUAAAUUGUAUUAUAACAAUUUC